UCCAGCGGUCAGAAAAACACGUCACUAUUUCUGUUCUGAAAAAGAAACCCAGUGGUUGUCUACGGCAAAUUUCAUUACUUUGGGGGUUAAUUCCGUCGUCAUUUCUCCGAUGGAUUGGCAAGGGCAGAAAGUAGCGGAGCAGUUGAUGCAGCUGAUGUUGGUAAUUUUUGCAGUAGUGGCAUUCAUCGCAGGCUAUGUAUUGGGCUCGUUUCAGACGAUGAUGCUUGUUUACACUGCCGGUGUGGUUUUAACUUCUCUGAUUACAGUUCCCAACUGGCCGUUCUUCAACCGCAACCCUAUGAAGUGGUUGGACCCAAACGAGGCCGAAAAGCACCCCAAGCCGCAACCUGCUAAUUCUGGCCCAAAGAAGAAGACAUCUUCUAAGAAUUAGGUUUUCUAAAUUAGUUUCUCAAUAUUUUAAAUAUGUUUUCUAUUGGCUCAGUGUGCAUGCAUACAUUGCUGUUGAAGAUGCCUUUUAAGAUAUUGCAUAGUGUUGAACUAAAUUGGCCUUAUGUUGAUAUGAUGAUGGCUCAUUGAUUUCUUAUUUGAACAUUUCAGCAUUUUUUUGUGAUUU